AUGGAUACUCUUCACGCACCGACUGUGCCCUCAGGGCCAACAUCGAAUCUCAACCAGAGAAACGGCGACACGGCUAAGCUGAGCUUUGCGGAGCUGCAGCGGAAGAAGGACGACAUGGAGGCAGAACUGAAAGCUCUGGGAAGUGUGCUGGAUUCGCAUGGCGUUGAUAUGCAAACGCCGCUGUUGACCAGAGAUGGCUUUCCCCGAGCUGAUCUCGACGUUGCUCAAAUCCGUACAACAAGGGCGCGCAUCAUCCGCUUGCGCAACGACUACAAAGAGCUCAUGACGAACAUUGAAAAGUAUCUUCACGAACACUUUGCAAACGUCCAAGACGGGGAUGAUGCCCCGAGCACGGCUGGAGAGGAGCUUCGCAUCCUUCCUGACUCUCACACCGAGCAGCUGGAUGAGCCGUUUGCCAAGGUCAACACCGUGGCAGCAGGCAGCCCGGCUGAACAGGCCGGCCUACAAGCUGGUGAUGAGAUUCGCAACUUUGGCUACGUGAACCGAUCGAACCAUGACGGUCUCAAGAAGGUGGCAGAGUGUGUGAUGGGCAACGAGGGGGUAUGUCUCACGCCGUCCCUGGCCCACUUGUUUGAUUCUAACAAUGGCGCACAGAAAAACAUCUUCAUCAGAGUGUCUCGGCCAGAUGGAGUUGCUCGUCGACAGGAGCUGAGGUUGACUCUGGUUCCCAGGAAAGACUGGGGCGGCAGAGGAAUGCUGGGCUGCCACAUCUUGCCUCUGUAA